AUGGCAAACGCUUCUUCUGCAACUCGUCCUCAUAUCAAUCAAUCGCGAGCCACCAACGGUGUAGCCAGAACGAACGGUGCUCCUCGUGCGAACGGAGCCGCUCGAGCAAACGGUGCAGCCACUGGCAGAGCAGGCGCAGUCCGUCCAGCAGCUAGAGCGAACAGCAUCUCAUCUCAAGGAGACACACCUGUGAACGGAGUUGGUUCAGCAUACGCCAUCAUGGCCAACCGAAUCGCAAACCGUGUCGCCGAGAUGGCUGAGAGCAUCACAUUUGUUGAGAGGCCCAAGCCGCAACAGAAUGGACAGAUUUUUAACGAAGAGCCAACCGAGAAGAAGCGUCCUCGUAAGCUGGAGAUGCGCUUGGACACCGGAAACGACGUUAGCUUCAGCGCACCUUUCCUCGACAACACACUUCAAAAGAUGCUCGCCCUUCAGAACCGUAUGCUCAAGAGCACGGCAGAUUUGUCAAGAUCGGAGGAGGUCGAUGAGAAGAUUGUCAGAGAGGCUGCUGCUCAAAGUGCAGAGCUGAGUCGCAUUAUCGCACUCAUUUGUGCGGAGAAGGCACGUCAAGGAGCUUAG